GCUGCCCAAUGCGAAGGAUGCCGGGAGUUGUAGUUCACUCAUCGGAAGCUUACUUUCAAUAGGGCUUGAGUGCCUUUUCGGGGUUCCGCGUUAAUGAAACCUUGCCCCCUUUUUUCUAGUAGAUGGUACAGUCCUCGCUCAGAGGCGGACGGUUCCUUUUCCCGAAAAAGGGGGGGAAAUAGAGAAAAUGGAGUCGCUGCAUCUCGUAAGAAGCGACCCAAUUCUCCACCUGCCCGUCUGGUGCAGCACCGGCUGACCCGGGGGGGUUGAGCCCAGCGAGGGCUAUACCCCUUUUCCAUGGAGGGCGGUGGGGCUGUCAGGAGAAGGACGCAGGAGCGAAGGAGGCGGCGGCGACAGAGACCGGGUCAAGGGGCGGACUCGCCCGGCAUAAAUUGCAGAGCCCGGUCCCGGUCGACUUCCCCGGCGGUCCGCAAGAAACUAAAUUCGGACGAAGGCGAGGAAGAGCUGGAGGAGCCGAAGGCGGAGUAUUUUGACAGCGAUGAUAUGUUUGCAGACUAUGACAGCUUUUCUGCCAACAACUCUUUCUUAACUGAAAUAGAUGAUUUAGAGCAAAAGCACGUGCACUUUAGUACAAAUAGUCCGAAUUCUGACAGUUUAGAUCGCAACAUUGCUGUGCAGCCUGUAGGUGGAGUUACUCAGAUGUCAAAUGCCAGGAACCUGGCACAGGUAUUUUCGGAGACAAACACUGCAAUUAGCUCCAGAGACAUACGAGAAUAUGAUUCUUGGAAAAGGAUGAAGGAACAGGAUAAUAGCUCAGAGCCUCAGGAUAAUGAUUUAGAAAGCCUUCCGUCCUCCCAGCUUUUCUUUCGUCAACAUUCAGAGGAAUGUUCUCAGUCAGCAACGGUCAUAAAAGAAAUACCCUGUCAGCUCGACUUCUCAGAUCUGCCGUACCGCAGUGACACAGAGGCUAAUGAACAAGACUGUAAGUCAGUGUUUGAACCAGGUAGGCGGAAGAGUCUCAAAGACCAUCUCAAAAAUGCCAUGGCUGGGAAUGCCAGAUCCUCUGCUUCGUUGGUUUCUAAAAGCAAACAGCGGAAAGAAGCUAUUGCAACUGAAGAAAUGGCUGUUGCAGAGACAACUGACGACAACUUGGCUUUCGUAGACAUUGGCCCUUUCUACGGUUUACCCACCAAAGUCAAGGAGCUACUGCUACAGAUCAGAGGAAUUGAGAAGCUUUAUGACUGGCAGCAUGACUGCUUAACGUUUGAAUCGCUACAAAAGCGAAAGAACUUGAUAUAUUCCUUGCCGACCAGUGGUGGAAAAACACUUGUCGCCGAGAUUCUAAUUCUUCGAGAGUUACUCUGCAAACAAAUGGAUGUUUUGAUGAUCCUGCCUUACGUGGCUUUAGUCCAGGAGAAGGUUGGGAGUUUGUGUGGUUUUGGAAUGGAACUCGGUUUCUUGGUGGAAGAAUAUGCAGGGAGUAAAGGAAGGAUUCCUCCAAUCAAGAGAAGGCAAAAGAAAUCCGUGUACAUUGCUACUAUUGAAAAGGGACACAGCCUGGUGAAUGCCUUGAUAGAAGCAGGAAGAAUCGACACCCUGGGUCUAGUAGUAGUUGACGAGUUGCAUAUGCUUGGAGAAGGUGGCCGUGGCGGGAUACUAGAAAUGACCCUUUCUAAGAUUUUAUAUGCAAGCAAAACAGCUCAGAUCAUUGGAAUGAGUGCAACCUUAAGAAAUGUUGAAGACUUACAGCGGUUCCUGAAAGCAGAAUUCUACACAAGUAAUUUCAGACCUGUUGAAUUGAAAGAAUAUGUUAAAAUACAGGACAGCAUCUACGAAACCGAUAGCAAAGCGGAAAAUGGCCUUAAGUUUUCACGGCUCCUUGAUUUCAAGUAUUCUAGUGAACUGCAGAAGGUAGAUCCUGAUCAUCUUAUUGCAUUGGUCACGGAGGUUAUUCCCAAGUACUCCUGCCUUGUCUUCUGCCCUACUAAAAAGAACUGUGAAAAUGUAGCAAGCAUGAUAUGCAAACACAUAAACGGAGACCUUAAAAAGGUCAAGGAGAAAGAAAAAUACCAUCUUCUAAAAGAGUUAAGAAACAUCUGCAGUGGGAAACUUUGCCCGGUUUUGAAGCGGACGAUUCCGUUUGGAAUUGCUUACCACCACAGCGGUCUCACCAGCGAUGAGCGGAAGUGUAUAGAAGCGGCUUAUUCCUCAGGCCUCCUCUGCCUGCUAACCUGCACAUCUACGCUUGCUGCGGGAGUGAACCUGCCCGCUCGAAGGGUUAUUUUAAGAGCACCGUAUGUUGCUACAGACUUCUUGAAGAAGAACCAGUAUAAACAGAUGAUUGGUCGAGCUGGUCGUGCUGGCAUUGACAAGGCUGGUGAAAGCAUUCUGAUUGUACAAGAGAAAGACAAAGAACUGGUUCAAAAUUUAAUAACCAGUCCCUUAGAAAGCUGUUACAGCACUCUUCUGCUUGAUUCCAACAAGGGCAUCCGAAGUUUACUCUUAUCGGUGGUUGGUUUAAAGAUAGCAAACAAUCCUGAGGAAAUUUACCAGUUCAUGUGUGCCACCUUACUUAGUAUACAGCCACAGCUCCUGCCGAACAAGAGCCUGCGGGAUGUAACAAUGGAAGCGUUACAAUGGCUGAAAGAAAACGGGCUGCUAAAAGAGAGAGAAAAUUCUGACGGCGAAAAGAACUGUCAGAAUAAUCUAGGGAUCACUCAGUUGGGCCGAGCUACCUACAAAGGUUCAGUGGAAUUGGCACACUGUGAGACCCUCUACGCAGACUUGAAGAAAGGACUUGAGGGACUAAUUCUCGAAAGCUACCUUCAUUUGAUCUACCUGAUAACACCCUAUGAUAUGAUUCCUCAGUGUAGCCCAAAUUGGAUGGUCUAUUUUAAACAGUUCAAUCAACUAAGUCCAAUAGAACAACAAGUAACCAGCACUGUUGGAGUGCCAGAGAGCUUUAUUACCAAGAAGGCAUCUGGACAAGCCAUCAAGAAUGAACUGGAUAGUAAUACUGUUAAUAGACUUUACCUGUCCCUCAUCCUUCAUACCUUGUUAAGAGAGACCAACAUAUGGGACGUGUCAGAAAAAUUUAACAUACCGCGAGGAUUUGUUCAAUCUCUUCUCAAUUCAGCGGCUUCAUUCUCCUCCUCCGUUUUGCAUUUUUGUGAGGAGCUGGAUGAGUUUUGGGUUUAUAAAGCCCUCUUGCCAGAACUUACCAAGAGACUAAGCUAUUGUGUCAAAGCAGAACUUAUUCCUCUUAUGGAGGUGGCGGGAGUUUUGGAGGCUCGAGCUAAGCAACUCUACAAUUUAGGCUAUAAAACUUUAGCUCACUUGGCCAAUGCAGAUCCAGAACUUCUAGUCAAGAGUGUUGUACACAUGUCCAGAACUCAGGCCAGGAAAAUAGUUUCAUCUGCAAAGAUGCUCCUGGCUGAGAAGACUGAGGCUUUACAAGAAGAAGUUGAAGAAUUACUACGGAUACCCACGGAUGUUCCAUGAGGCUUUUUAUUUUUCCGUAAAUCCAAGAAUCAAUAGAUUAUCUCCUCCCUUGAUCACUGCUUGUACUUACUGUAUAUAUUAAUGUAAUAAAGUCUAUACAUCAGAAAAUAUUUUUUUUAAAAA